AUGUACGUGAAGGGCUUUUGGGGUUAUAACAAGUACACUGGCGCCAGCUCCAACCACGAAUUCCUGGCUUACUUCGAUGUGGAUGUAACUAAUAUGAUGGCGAACACCAAGAAGGUCGUCGAUGACAACUUUGCGGAGGUAAUGAACGCAAGCUCGUUCAAGCAGGUGUCACCCGAUAGUACCACUAACUCCGACGGCUGCCAGAUGAUAAACAAGAUGUGGGCUCGCGACCUCAUUAACGAGCUCCACUCCUACAAGAUGUAUUAUAUCCACCAGCGCUACCGGAGCGCAUCGCAACAGCUGCUCAAGGUCCCCGUGGGCAACCCGGUGUACCAGGACAUCGGGUUUGACGAGCCACUCGACAAGAUGGUGGUCUACCACUGGGCGUACCAGCUGAAGCAGGCCUACGACGACCUCAUGCUAAACUCCAGCAAGAUGCAUACGAAAUGGGACGAGCUAAAGAACCGCAUCAACACCAGCAUUCCGGCAUCGGACUAG